AUGUGGAACUCGAAGUGCCAGUGGACGCUGCGCAGGGACAGGCCCCUGGAGGAGGCGGCGCUGCGCGCCGCCCUCGCGAGGCUGAUCGACCGCCACCCCGCACUGCGCGUGCGGCUGGCCGACCCCAUGCGCCUGUUCGACGCCACGCAGAAGGCGUUCUCCGUGUUCGAGCUGUGGCGAGCGCAGCGGCGGCGCGCCCGCCGCUCGGCGCCGACUCCGCGGGGGCCCCUGCAGCGACUGACCGCCGCGCUCUCGGACGCCGCGCUCGGCGCCGUGCAGUGGAGCUUCCGGCGCGCGUGGCCGCGGGUGGCGUCGGUCCCGCCCAGGAUCGUCUGCCCCUGCAUGUGA